GGUUGACACUCCCCAUCAGAGAGCCCUCUUGACGCCAGCCCACUCCCAGCUCAACCAUUUCCAGCCUCAAUUAGCCGAGGCCCGGCCCAUUCCUUGCCCACGUCAUCUUUCUGUCUCUCCCUCUCAUCGCCGCGUCACGCACAGCCGCCGCCGUCGUGCGCGUGUGCCGGAACGGCCGCGUGGAUCCUCCGCCCCGUCCCAGCGGCGACUUGUCCGUGCGAAGAUGCUGGGGUUCUCGACCGGACAGCUGCUGGUCGUCCUCGGGGCCUGCUCCGUCAUGAUGAAGCCCAGUGAUAUGGUGAAGAUUGCGAGGACGGCCGGGCGGAUGACUGGAAGAGCGGUUGGGCGGCUCAUAGUGGCUCGCCGGCAGCUGGACGAGAUUCUGGGCCAGUCUGCAGCCACCCAGGUUCAUAAGGAGCUUAAAGACGCUAUGACACAAUUAGACUCGAUCCGUUAUGAAGUCCAGAACUUAUCAAGAUUAUCUCCUGGGCAGUUUAUGUUGAAGCAACAUAACGCUGGCAUGGCUGAAGCAGGGAAAUCUGACUCCUCUGAUGGUCCUACAACCAACCAAGAAGAAUUUCGUCAGGAAAUUCGCAGUAUAAUUCGCGAUGAAUUUGAAAAAUACUGUAGAACACAGCCCAUUCAAAACUCUGUGAGCACAACUGAACACAGAAAACUUCAUGUGGCUGAUGAACCAACGGCACUGAAAUCCAAGAUGGCUAAUUCAGGAUUGACAAAUCUGCACAACCAAGCAAUGACGUAUGCAAGGCUAUCUGAAGCCCCAGGACUUAAGAUGGAUUCUUCCUUGAGUGGGAACUACAAAGAUCAAUCUAAGGAGAUGGAUGGGCUGCUAACUGUACUGCCAAUAUCAGCUGAAAGUGCUGGAUUACUUCCAAGCCGCCCAGAUAAACCAACAGGCUCAGAUCUAGUCCUUGAGGCUGUGCUUGAAGCGGAAGUUGCGGAGAACGCUAAACUGUUUGUGUCGCAGCCUCAUGAUCAGCUACCUAAGGAAUGAAGACGAAGAUGAUGUGCUUGAAGACGUUGCAAACAGGACCAAACUGUUCAGCUGACAGCCGCAUGGUCAGUUGCCUACGGAGCGAUGAUGGUAGUUUUUGAUCCUUAACAGGAUUUGGCAUACUAGGCCUGUUUGGUAGAGCUCUAGAAGUUGAUAUACCGAUCUGGCGUCCAGCACCAGCGGUGUAGCUUGUAGUCUUGUACCCUCAGGCCUCAACUAGCCAGCUAGGAUUCGGAUGCCAUGGUAGAAACUGGCGACAUAGCUUGUAGCCUCAACUAGCCAGGUAGGUUUGGCUGCCAUAGUUGAGGUAAAGCUGUGGCCGGUGGGCACGUAGCUUGUGGCCUCAAAAGGAGCAAGAAAGAAAAAUAGAGUAAAUUAGUUGUGGUUAUCAAUGUGCAUGGUGAUUUUAAAGCUUUUAAGGAUGUCAUCUGUAUUCUGUGUCCUCGCAACACUGAUAUUCUUUGCAACUCUGAGUAGAGAGAUACACGGAAUGUUCAGCUUUUCAGAUCCAUUGAUGGUAGUGUUGUUUUUAA